UAAUCAAGGUUUGAUGUAUACACAGCCUGGAUUAGAUGGACGUUGAUUGGAUUCCAACUCGUUGAUCUAAAACAUCUUAAAUUUUUUUUAUCUCUUUUCGAAACUUGCUCUGCUCUGGAAAGCCCAUCUCCUCCUAAAAGCUUGCUCCUUUCUCAAGAAAGGAAGGAAAGGCUUAUCAAAACCCUCAUCUCCAAAUCCACAAUCUUCCUCAAAUUUAGGUUUUUUUUUUUUUCUGUUACUACGGUUACAUUGCUCUCUUCCCCAUCUUCAAUUCACACGAAUCAUCGAACCCACCACGUAAAGUUACCAACUUUGGUAAUCACGAUCACGGAUCUUCGAUUCAUCAAACCCACAACGUAAAGUCACCAACUUUGCUUUUCCCCCCCUUAGAUCCGUCUCAGAAAUGGCGGAUUCGAUUCCGUUUUAUCUCAACAUUGUGGCGUUUCUGUGCACUGUUGGAGCCAUUGCUCUUGCAAUAUUCCACAUCUAUAGGCAUCUCUUGAACUACACGGAGCCGACUUAUCAGAGAUAUAUUGUACGCAUUGUCUUCAUGGUCCCGGUGUAUGCCUUUAUGUCAUUCUUGUCUCUUGUCCUCCCUAGAAGCUCCAUCUACUUUGAUUCCAUACGAGAAGUUUAUGAAGCUUGGGUGAUUUACAACUUCCUAUCCCUGUGUUUGGCUUGGGUUGGAGGUCCAGGAGCAGUAGUGCUCAGCUUAAGCGGUCGCUCUCUACAACCAUCAUGGUGCCUCAUGACUUGUUGCUUUCCUCCAUUAACACUCGACGGGCGUUUUAUUCGAAGAUGCAAGCAAGGUUGUCUGCAAUUCGUAAUCCUGAAGCCUAUCCUAGUGGCUGUCACACUUGUGCUUUACGCAAAAGGGAAGUACAAGGACGGGAACUUUAACCCUGACCAAGCGUAUCUCUAUCUUACCAUCAUCUACACCAUAUCCUACACAGUGGCUUUGUACGCGCUUGUGCUGUUUUACAUGGCGUGCAGAGAUCUGCUUCAGCCGUUUAAUCCGGUCCCAAAGUUUGUGAUCAUUAAGUCGGUGGUCUUUCUAACUUACUGGCAGGGUGUUCUAGUCUUUCUUGCUGCAAAAUCUGGAUUCAUAAAGACUGCAGAGGAAGCAGCUCAUUUUCAAAACUUCAUAAUAUGUGUGGAGAUGCUCAUUGCUGCAGCAUGCCAUUUCUAUGCUUUCCCAUACAAGGAGUAUGCGGGUGCCAACGUUGGUGGCUCUCGCAGCUUCUCAGGGAGCCUAACACAUGCUGUAAAACUAAAUGACUUUUACCAUGACACUGUUCACCAGUUUGCUCCUACUUAUCAUGACUACGUACUCUAUAAUCACAACGAGGGUGGUGAAGAGGGGACAAAGAAGUACCGGUCGAGAACCUUUGUGCCAACUGGCCAAGAGAUGGAUGCAAUGAGAAAGAACAAACCAGUGUUUGCAAACAAGAUAGAUGGUGUUUCGGUUUCAAGUAGUCUAUCUUCAAAUGCAAGCUCGCCGAAAAGCUCCAGCGUGACAUCUGAUCCUGUGCGCUCUGAAGCUGUGAAGUCUUCUUUGCUCGUUGACGCCUCGGAUUCUCUUGAUACAAUGUAUGAUAUGACGCUCAUUGACAUUGAUAUAUCUAGUUUCCCAAGCAAUGUCCCCUCAGCUAAUGAAAGUGGGCCUAGAUAGGAGCAGAAGAAGAAAAGAUGUAGAAAGCACCGUUUAAAGGUACAAAAAACGUGCUCCUAUGAGUUGGAUUCGGAUGAAUCUUCUCAGGUGUGUUCUUAGUUGGAAGAUGUUAGUAGAAGACUUGAGGAUAAAUGAAAAGAGCUUCUAAACCAGUUUGCAUUUACUAUUUGUAGCUUUAUAUGAUGAGUCUUCUACUUGCAUUCUCUCUUGCAGCAUGUUUCAUGUUUCUUGUGAAUUGCUUAAGCAGCCAGAAACGUUAUUCAUAUACGUGUAACUAGUUGAGUUGCAGAAUCUUUGGAAGUUUACAUUUUGUGUGUUC